UCAGAGUAACUGGGAAACAGGGUGAAGGUGGGGAUAAAAGUGAGACUGAGUCAUUUCUCACACAGACUGAGGAGAAACCUGGAAGCAGAGUUGUGGAGACUAUCGAGGCGGUGCGAGAGUCCUGAGCCAUGCGAUCUGCUGUGCUAACAGCUGUUCAUCUGCUCCUGGUCCUGGUCUACGUCCAGGACGCUGCAGCCGAUGAUGUUACGGAGAGGGUUCGCUACAACUGUAAAACACUUUAUCCAGCCAAACCAUGCGGUGAUGGAUGGUACCAGAUUGAUAUUUACCGCUGUGCAAAAUACUUCUGGACUCGAAGAACAUUUCGAGAUGCAGAUAAUAACUGCCGCCGCUUAAGAGGUCAUCUGGUGUCCAUGCACAACGCUCAAGAGUACAGUCAAGUGUUGUGUUUGGCCUUCAGAGCCAACAAACUCAAAGAUCAUUUUUGGAUCGGCGCAAGGAGCAAAUAUCUGUGGCACAGCUUCCGAUGGACCGACAACACUCCGUUUGAGUUUGAGAGGUGGGCGUUCUUCCAGCCGGACAGGGAGCACGGAGAGGAGUGUGUGGAGAUGAACUAUGAAACAUGGGGAUACUGGAAUAAUGCAGUCUGUUCAGGAAAGAAGUACUAUGUGUGUGCCAGGAGGUCGUGAUCAUCAUCAUCUUCAGAGGAUGAAGAGCUGGUGACGUUCCCCUCUGCUGACUGAUUAAUCAUCAGUAAACACGUUCUGUUUCUGCUGCAGCAGAACAUUUAACAGACUUAAAAUACUCUGAUCAUUUAUGUAGAACAAAAUAAAAUCCCAAAUUGUAAUAAACUGAAAUGUCCAUUCAACCAAACUUUGUUUUCCUUUGGUAAAAUUAAACGUCCUGAAAACAGGAGGAGGAAUCACAGCUGAACCCGAGCAUCUUAAAACCCGUCUGUUUCCUUUGGUCUGAUGUUGCUGCUUUUACUUCUGCUGCUUUGCUGGCUCUUUUUUGUCAGCUGUAUUAUUGCUGUCUCUUACUGCAUGCUCUGGUUCUUUAUUAGUUUCCUUCCUUGUAAAGCACUGUGGAGCUUAUCUGCCGGGUGAGACACCGAAUCAGUUUUACUUGAAAUAAAAAUAAAAGCCACCUUUAUGUCGU